GUCAAUAUCAAUCAAUUGACUUUCGAAAAGCAUCAAGACUGAAUGUAAUCUCAGAUGCAUCAACAGUGCUCCAGCUCAAGUUUGUCCCAUAUGAUAAAUUCAGUCAAGCUGGAAAAACCAUUUGUGAAUGGAUUCUGGAGAAGAAUGGGCCAGGUGACCAGCUAGCAGAGUACUGGACCAGUUCUGAGGUUGUUGAACUAUGCAAGAGGUGGAAAGCUCAUGCAUAUCUGGUUAUUAUUGUUGGUUCUUGUAAAGUCCUUCUCUGGCAGCUCACUGAUGAGGGCAAAUUGCUGGGAGAGCCAUGGAUGGCAAGUGAAUAG